AAUGGUAGAUGAAGGCGUGGUUUUAAGCCUUUCUCUCAUUGGCCCAGAUUCCCACGCCGCCCGGUCUAGGCGCUCGGCGGCGGAAGUCGCGCGGGCUCCGGAACGCGCCCUGAGCUUUGGAUCCUGCUAUUCCGCCUGCUGCCAUCAUGGUGCGGAAGCUUAAGUUCCACGAGCAGAAGCUACUGAAGCAGGUGGACUUUCUGAACUGGGAGGUCACCGACCACAACCUGCACGAGCUUCGCGUGCUGCGGCGUUACCGGCUGCAGCGGCGGGAAGACUACACGCGCUAUAACCAGCUGAGCCGUGCCGUGCGCGAGCUGGCGCGGCGCCUGCGAGACCUGCCUGAGCGCGACCCGUUCCGCGUGCGCGCCUCGGCCGCGCUGCUGGACAAGCUGUAUGCUCUGGGCCUGGUGCCCACGCGCGGCUCGCUCGAGCUCUGCGACUUCGUCACGGCCUCGUCCUUCUGUCGCCGCCGCCUGCCCACCGUGCUGCUCAAGCUGCGCAUGGCGCAGCACCUCCAGGCUGCCGUGGCCUUUGUGGAGCAAGGCCACGUGCGCGUGGGCCCCGACGUGGUGACCGACCCCGCCUUCCUUGUCACGCGCAGCAUGGAGGACUUUGUCACGUGGGUCGACUCGUCCAAGAUCAAGCGGCACGUGCUGGAGUACAAUGAGGAGCGCGAUGACUUCGAUCUGGAUGCCUAGCGGGUCUCCCUCUCCCCACGGCUGCCUUUUCCAGAUGGGAAACUGAGACCCGAUGCUGGAGAUUCUAGGAGGAUGCUCUCCCCAAGAGUGUCAGACGGCCCUAGGUUCUUGACAACUUGGUUCCUCCACUGCCCGCAGUGCAGAGAGCCCAGGGGGUGCGUCCGUCCCUGUUUUCCAGGAAGUUUUCUUAGAACUUGGACUACUGAUGAAUGGCUGUGUCUUGAGAGACAGUGGGAGGCAAUUUUGUGCUGCCCAGGGGAAUUGUUAGCGUUUUGGGAACUUAAUAGUGUAAGAGCAAGGACACCCUCCACCACCCGUUUCCCUUUUAGCAGAACUGGUUCAGUUUAUCUAGCUCGAAUUCUUGCUCCUGGUGGUGAUUAAGCAGUGUGUGGAUGAUGGAGCAUUUGGACUCAUAUUUUCAUAAGACAGAUAAAGACUUGAAUGUUAAGGUCACCUUUUUAAAGGAAUGGUUUCCUAAUAUCAAUAAAUGGCCCGACUGCUAUGUAA